AUGUCUAAAAGUAUUCUUCACAUACUUCCAUGGAUUAAUAAUUCAGAUCAAACUGUUGCUAUUUGGUUAAAUUCUCCAGUAAAUGAAAAGAAUGAUAUAAAAUUAUAUUCACAUAUAUGGAAUAAUGCAAUUUUAAGAUAUUGUACUGAUGGAUCAUCAAAUUUAGUUGCUAAAUACCAGGAUGAAUAUAAUUUAAAAGAUCCCAAUUAUAUUGUUGGUGAUUUUGAUUCUAUUACAGAAUAUUCAAGGAAUUAUUUUAAAAAUAAAUCUCAAUUUAUUCAUGCACCAAAUCAAGAUUUUACAGAUUUUUCAAAAGUAUUACAUCAAAUCACUUUAAAUUCACUAUUUCCUAAUAUAAAUAAAAUUCUUGCUUUAGGUGGUUUAAGUGGAAGAUUUGAUCAUUCACUUGCUUCUUUAAAUUCUAUUUUAAUGUUUCAAAAAUCUAUUUCUGAGGAACAAAUUAAAACAUAUUUGAUUGAUGAAAAUAAUUUAAUAACAAUUACAUCUGCUUCUGAAACAAUUGUAAAAAUUACACCUAAUAUGGAUAAUUUAACAGGAAAAUGUGGAUACAUUCCAAUAAUGCAAGAAAAGACAGUCGUAACAACAGAAGGAUAUAAAUGGAACUUAGAGAAUGAGGAAAUAUUUUUUGGAGGAUUAAUAAGUACAUCAAAUGAAAUAGAAAAAGAUGUAUUAUUAAUUAAAUCUAAUCAACCUAUUAUUUUAUAUUUUGAAAUAAAAAAAUGA